AUGGCAUCUCAAAGCAGACUGACGGUCCCAUCCACCACGAAGCAGAAACUUGAGGUCAUCAACCUCGCUGGGGGUAAAGUCCCAGCUACUUUGACCGAGGCAGACCUCAGAAAGGAUCUUCCACAGAAGGCUUCAGAUGCUCCAUCCGAUGGAGAACCCUCCUAUACAUGCGUGACCGAACGCAACCCUCCACGUUCUUCUCCAGCCGCCAUCAUGGUUGGUCUGUGGGAAGAGAUUCCACGCUGGAAAAAUGGCUCUGUCAUCAACUUCGCCACCUACGCCGAUGGCUAUCCGGCGCCUGGCGAUGCUAUUUACGCGGCGAACUGCCUCAUUGAGGCGGCCGAGAUAUGGAACUCCGCAAGAGUCGGAGUCACGUUCAAGUGGGUGCCCAAUGUCGACGAUGCGGCAUUCGUCCUUGGCUAUGGUGGCCAGUUGGGCACCGUCCUCGCCAGCGCCUUCUUCCCGAGCAACAGCGAUCUAGAACAUAUGUCCGUGUACCAGCACGGUUUCGACAAGACCGAACGGACCUCUAAGAAAGGCAAGUACAGCAACUACGGGAUCAUGAAAAAUGUCUUCCUGCACGAGCUGGGCCAUGUCUUAGGCUUGAGACAUGAAUUUGCUAUGAAACCAGACACCUAUGAAGGGGGUGCCAUCGUUUUGGGAUCUGCCAAUAUCGAGUCCGUCAUGAGCUAUGUCUUUCCACCCGAGCUGCAAGAGUCCGACAUUCAGGACACCCGAGACUUCUACAAGCAUCCCCUGAUCGUUGACUACACUCCUGACAACUAA